AAGACGAUGGAGACGGCCGAGCGGUCCCUGCUGGAGAUGGCCGGCACGGCGGAGAUCGACUGCCGCGGCCUCUUCCAGUCGCCCAGCGCGCCGCGGCCCACGGAGACGGCACUGGCCAAGCAGCGUGGCGACCAGCUGGAGACCGGGCAGUUCUACGUGACGAAGUUCGCAGAGUUCGUGGCCGACUCGAACCUGCUAGCGCGGCUGCAGGUGAAGCGCGAGCUGCUGCGCUCGGGGCUGAGCGAGCAUGCGCCCGAGCUGGAGCGGUCCGGUCGCGCCGUCUGCCCCCUGUCCGAGUACCUGGAGCAGAGCGGUCAGGACAUCCCGCUGAUCGUGCGCUCGUGUGUGCGCGUCAUCAACCUGUACGGUCUGCAUCAUCAGGGCAUCUUCCGCGUGUCCGGCUCGCAG